GCCCUGCUCUGCCUGCCCUGGACUCAGGAGGCGGGCGCCUUCCCAGCCAUGCCCUUGUCCAGCCUGUUUGCCAACGCUGUGCUCCGGGCCCAGCACCUGCACCAACUGGCGGCUGACACCUACAAAGAGUUUGAGCGCGCCUACAUCCCGGCGGGACAGAGAUACUCCGUCCAGAACACCCAGGCUGCCUUCUGCUUCUCGGAGACCAUCCCGGCCCCCACGGGCAAGGACGAGGCCCAGCAGAGAUCGGACGUGGAGCUGCUCCGCUUCUCGCUGCUGCUCAUCCAGUCGUGGCUCGGGCCCGUGCAGUUCCUCAGCCGGGUCUUCACCAACAGCCUGGUGUUCGGCACCUCGGACCGCGUCUAUGAGAAGCUGAAGGACCUGGAGGAGGGCAUCCAGGCCCUGAUGCGGGAGCUGGAAGACGGCAGCCCCCGGGCUGGGCAGAUCCUCAAGCAGACCUACGACAAAUUUGACACAAACAUGCGCAGUGAUGACGCGCUGCUCAAGAACUACGGGCUGCUCUCCUGCUUCAAGAAGGACCUGCACAAGGCUGAGACGUACCUGCGGGUCAUGAAGUGUCGCCGCUUCGUGGAGAGCAGCUGUGCCUUCUAGUUGCCGGGCAUCUCUGUUACCCCUCCCCAGUGCCUCCCCGGACCCUGGAAGGUGCCACUCCAGUGCCCACCGUCCUUUCCUAAUAAAACGAGGUUGCA